AUUGCUUCAGGAGGAAGAGAAGACGACAAGAAAAGCAAGAGUGCACUACCUACUGUGUGUACAACUAGAAGUUCCUCUCGACUCAAAAAAUGUAAUUGUAGUCCUUUACAUAUUAACUGGGAACUUGAAGUACAAAAUACAAAAUCGCUCGAGUGAUCAUCAACUGCAAAAAACGAUGACAUCAGAAUGAUGAAGACUUGUUUCAAUAAUAUUGAAUAUUUUUCACAAAAGUCUAUGGUCCUACUAGAGCUCGACGACACGAUUAGCAGAGAGGACGCAAGGGGGUAAGCUUGAGCAGCAAUCUGCGCAGUCGCAGCCUUCUCCCUUGCAGCAUGAUUUCGGAAGCGAAGUCACCCGAUGGUGCAGGCAGCGAACUGUAUGCGCGCGUGGCUAAGAUCGUCGCGGACCACCCUGAAUGGGGACCAUCGCAGGUUGCGAAGGAGGCGUCCGCCAACAAGGAAGCAGUCAAACGAAUGUUGAAGAAAAUCAAAGUGGAAAACGAGUACGAGCAAGUAGCCCAACAAGUCAGUAACAAAAGUAAUACUACAAAGGACGAACGUCAGGGUUCUACAGCUACCAGUGCAACGAACACAACGGCACCAGAAGCAGCUUCAGGUACGAUAAGCAAACCGCAAAAUCAGAAGGCACAAAACACAGAAAGCAGGGCGUCGAGGGGUUCCAACGUAUCUAUCGUGUCUUGUCUUGGCAUAAGACACAUCAGUAACUGACUAAAAAUAUUUUUUGUGCCUGUCAUACUCAUAGUCAUGCUUUUUCCGCUUCUCUUUUCUUAUGACACCUGAUUUUUCCAUGCUCGACCAGGGCCAGGGAUCGAUUGUCAAGACUGAGCCUGGCGCAAGUGGAUUUGCACCUAAUGCGCGAGCAAAAGACGAGCAACAAGAAUCGCUGCCUGAGGAAGAAUUCGAAGAGAUUGAUGCUGAUGAAGAUCGUCACCGUCAGCGAGGAGGUCAAGCGCCUCCGCAGCAAUUGAUCACCCCUCAACGAUUGGAGGAUCUGAAGUUGCGAGCUCUGAUGCUAGCGCAAGUCGAGGAAGACGCUACGGCCAGUAGAGCAAUGGCCGCUGCCCGACACGCGGCAGCAGGAGACGGCUCUCCUCAACAAGGUUUUCGCGUCAGUUCCUCAGAAGAACUGCACCAGAGGGCCGGUGCGAUUUUGCGGGUUCUUCUCACCUGGGAGCAAGACAGAAAGCAUGGCGCGACUAUCGAGGAACUGGAUUUAUGAUUAAGUAUUUAGUUCUUUAGUUUUAGUACUGAGUCAGUAUAGGUUUAGGCGUCUGCUCCCAUCAUCUUGAGAAUACCCCUUAGGCUGAUGGGGCAGAAACAGAACGCAUCUUGAGUAGAAAACUCAGCUCAAACGCAUGCGGUGUAAGACUCUCUUGGAGUGUACAUUUGAAGAUAAUUUCCCGACAAUCACCUGGGUUAGAGGAUCUCCAUGUGAGUCGUAAGUACGACGACGACAGAUUUCAAAGAACUGCCUUACCUAAAUUAGAGCUCUAAUAGAUGCUAAAUUCGAGCAAUUGCUUGAAAUGGUAGGUGGCCAGGGGAGUCCGAGCGAAGGUGACACAAGCAGUCCAACGGCAUCCUCUCCCGACAGUUCACCACGAUCGCGCGCUGCGCUUGUGAGACGCCGACUUCUUGAGUCCGAGUCACCGGCUGGAACCGCUACUAGAGGUGGUAGCACGAGCACUGGAGGAGGUGGGAGCGCAGCGGCACAGAGUGGCGUUAGAGCAGCAGGAGCACGCAGUCUGGCAUACCCAACAGCAACCUCGAGGCAUAUGCCAGAAGGGGGGGCAGCCGCAGAAUCACCGAGCCACAGCACAGCGCGGGCAGGCUCAUCAUCAUCAUCAUCGUCAUCUUCGACUUCGCGUGGAAAUAAUACGACAAACAAUGAAGCACAACAGCGCUCGUACUUGCGGCUCGGGGGCGUCGCACGGGUGCGAAAUGUGCCCGGCCGGCCUGACCUAGACGGAUGUCGGGCGCUGACCAUCGUUCCUGUGGAGUUGGGGGACGACAGUAGUCCUGAUUAUAGAGGGAAUCGUACUUCUGUCAGCCGAGGAGGACACCAUCUACCAUCUGUUCUGUGGGAGGUGUUUAUACCUGCUGCAGGCGAGGAGCUGCAUUUACCACCAGAGCAGCUUUCUCCAUGCGACGAUUGGCUGAUGGAUUGGGUUGGAAGGGAUAAUAAGCGACUCGAAGAGCAGGAGCAACCAUCCGCUGCUAAGAAACGCAUAGUUUCUAAGCGGGAAGAAGCAGGUGGUAGUAAUAGUAAACCUUCUAGUACUUCUACUUCUCCCUCUCCUACUCCUGGUGCAAGUGCAACGGAUAAAGAGGAACCACUUGCAACAACGCGGGGGGAUAAGUUUUUACCUACCGUCUCUAGCGCUCUUCAAGCGGUGGCACUAGAGUGGGAAGGGAUACUUAAUCAACGAGCAGACAUCAAGAUGAAGAUUCCUCCUGUUGGGAAAAGAAACGAAGGUGAGGCGGCUCCUCCUGUUGAUGUGGAUGAUGAUGCGGAUAACAGUACGACCGCACCAGAGGACAAUUCGGUCUGCGGUGACCCAUUAGGCCAGUCGGCUGCGUCCUCCUCUUGCUCAACUACGGCAAGCGGUUCGUCCUCUGCGAGCGCUCGCAGUAGCAGCAAUAGCACUAGCAGCAGUACCCGGAGCACCGGCGGGCUCGUCGUGGCCACCGACGAGAUGCAGCGGGAGAGUCUCGCUCCAGAUGAAAGCUCUGGAAGAAAAAUAACGACAGGAGGAGCUUUCACCGACAGAGGCGGUUCUACUCCUGGAGGUUUGAAGAAAACGCUUGAAGAUGGAACGCUCCAGCAGGUCAGUUCGUGCCGUGAAGAUACCGUUGCCCCACUACCGCCUGGUGUUCCGAAGUUGCAUGUGAAGGAGGUGCUUUGCGAAUUUUCUUCGGAAAUUUUGAAAAAUUGGAUGAUGAGGAAACUGGUCACAAACUGCGACGAAGAACCAGCAACGAGCAGCACAGCUGUCCCCGAUCUCCCCAUAGCAACGGGGCGCUACCUCCUCUUCGUCUACCUCAAUUCGUUUGGACAUGGACUUUUGCUGGACUUCUACAAGCAGUGCGAAUCGACAAGCAGCAGUGGGAUAAAAAGAGUAAAAGUUCUACGGCCAAGAUCUGACGGGCGGGAGGGUGACGUUGAAAGGACGCUUCUUGCUGCUCACUGCCAGAUCGACCUCUUCAAGCCAGAGAGUCUGGAACUUACAGAACAACUUGCAGCCAAGAAUCGGAGUACUAAAAGUAUGCCCCAAGAGAAGGCGGUCGUUCUUGACAGGCAUACUAGAAGUGAAAAAUAUCAAGAACAAGAUCAAGAAUUUGAACAACCCCUGCGGGAUCAAGUUCAAGAGCAACGUUUUUAUCCAGUAGUGCGUCAGCCUAGUGAGAGCAUCGAGUUUCAAUUUCGGGUUUUCCAGACUUUUGGGUACAGCGUGGGCGAACUUCUGAACUUGGAUCCGAACGAACAGCAGUUUUUCCGCUGGCAGCAGACGAGGGAGUGGGUGGACUUCUUCACGGAUCUCUCCGAUAUGCAGGUCACCCUGCACGAACUGAUAGAGCACGUGCUCACCGAGCAAGCGCUUCAAUUUUUUCAGCGUGCGCCCACAUGCAUCCGAGCGCUACGAGCAAAACCGAAAUUUCGGGUGCGCCCACCUGCAAUCAGUUCCUUUACCGGAUCAGUGAAUAACUUCCUGGAAUAUGAGGCGUUAGCAGCCACAAAGCAAGAACCACCAACAAGAAGGGCUUCAUCUUCAUCUUCGGCAAGCUCUUCUACCAGCACUUGUACUCCUUCUUCUACAACAAGCUUGUCAAGUAAAACUAAAGACCAGCAGGAGCAUUCGCGAGAGCUAAUGGCAAAAGCAGCGAGUCGGGAAGCCUUCACCGUCAAGGAAAUCUUUGACGAACCGGGUCUCACAUCCGAAAACGAGCUUUAUGCCAGCGAUCCUGACGAGGAUGAGCUAGAGGAAGACGCGUCUCCAGCUUCUAGUACCGCUUCCCCCGUAGCGGGAGCAGCCGUCCGCGCGUCGCAGCCGUCUUCGUCGAAUUUCAACUCGUCUAGCAGUACGCAAGAGGCGAGGGAGGCGCAGCGCCGUGCUCGGCAUCAGAGACGCAGACGGCGCAUCAUGCGCCAAGCAGAGCGCAUUUGCCGGUUAUGUGACGUGUUGCUGGACUGCCAACUCACGAUGGACCCGGAAGAGACAGAAGAGCUGGAUGAACGAAUUACUGAGUUCGCGAGAAAUCGAAUGACGAUGAACCACAGUUAUGGGCAGCACAAAGCAGCGCCACCACCAGUCUGCAAAAUCUUUGUUUGCCGUCGACAGGACCGAGAACGGCUGCUGGGUGUACGCUUGCCACGGGAAGAUCUCCGGGAGGAUGCUCCACAGACCGCAAUAUGUGUCUUUUAAGGAAGAUGAGCGCGUAGUUCUAGACACGUUUGCUAGCUUGUGCUAAUAUUGCUAGGCAAUCGCAAUGUCAAAGCCAAAGAGGAGCUUGACGUUGACGAGGAUUCUUGUUUCAGAAGAUCGUUGUAUCGGAUACAUCCGUGCCAUGCUGGGAUAUGACCUACAAUUUGUUAUAGUAGAAGACCACGUGCCCCCGCGACAUGUAUCUCUAAUGCUUCCGCAUCCCGUACCAAUACAUGCAGCAUCUAUGGCACAGAAGCAACCGUAGGUUUCAUGCGGAGUUGGGACCCGAAACGUUUGUGAGAGCGCUUUACCACUAUCACGCGGCAUAUUUGGCUGGUCGAAACUGUGGAACGAAGCUGCAGCUAUUCCGCGUAGAGGAAGACUGAAGAUGCACCAUUAUUAGAGGAAAGAAAUGGACCACGAAGUUAAGUUGUAAGUACUAAGACUCACCUACUUAAGAGUAACUAGAACAGUAGUAUGAAAUCAGAAUUUCAGCCCUUGUGUUGCGCGCGCACCAAUUAGCAGGAUGUAAUAUUUGCGUUUCAUCUCGGCUCUUCGAUGGUUGCAGUGUCGUGUAUUUCUCGAUGUGAGCAGUCCUCCUAUUGAAUGGUAAGUGUAACCUAGUCACUAGUAUUGCUUGUUCAUUUUUGUUUUUCUUGUUCUUCACUUUUUUUGAAUCCUCAAGCUGAUUUUCAUGCAUUUUUUGUAAGAGAAGGCUCCGCUCCCCCCGCGUAAGCAUGGACUUUUGUUCUAAUCUACACUAGCAUUGAUGUUUAUAGUUAUUCAGUUCUUGUUUUUCAAUUUCAUUUUACAAGACAAAUACAGCGUGCACAGAAUAUCUUUUUGAUGUAGUACAGCUUAGUCAAUUUUCUUUUCGUUGAUAUUAGACAUAACCUUUGUGAAGUUUCUUCUUCUUGUUUGCAUAAAUCUAGUUUUGUAAAGAAAUUCGAAGUAGUUGUAAUUGUAUGAGUUUUGAGAUGCAGGUUGAACAUGUUGUACUAACCUCCAUUUUUACUGUCAAGCAGACAAUGUUGGUAGAUAAGCACUGUAGCUGCCACCUGAUAUCCCUAGUAUAGUCCCUCGUUGAAGAAUGAUGAUGCUUUGAUUAUAUGCUGCACCAAACAAAACAGGCCUAUUAAACUAGUUUUAGUGGAAGUACAACAAGUUGGAGACGAAGGUACUAACAAGACUAACUAGGUUCAUGGACGAUACGAUGUUGCUCGGUUGCUGUUGCAUGUUGAGAGCGACUUCACUGGUGCCCACAAAAACGCCCACAGUUAUCCAACAAGACUUCCAUCAUUAUGGUACGACUUGUAGCUAAAUCCAAGGUCAAACAAGGAAAUAGGUUGCAGAGUCGAUUACAGAUUUUUCUUCAAAGCAACCUCCCGAAGAGCAAGACAUGAUCCAAUGCAGAUGCUGCUCACCUGCCUUAUCCACCUUGGAGUAGUCAUCAUUCGUCUACAGAGAUGGACUUCUGUGAGGACCUUCCUUGGAAAAUUUUUCGAAUUCGAAUGACGGCAGGCCGUUGGGCUUCAGAUGCAGGAAUGCCUGGCCUCUGACCGUCGGUUAUGCAU